CGGGUUUCCGGGGGGAAGGCUUAGGCGGCGACACCGAACCCAGCCUCCUCCCCCGCCCCCGCCCCCACCGCGCUCGGGGGCCCUGCCUCCCCGCUACCGCCGUCCGCGCUCGGCCGGCAGCGGGGAAGGAAGAAAGGAGCGGAGAGGCGGAGGGCGCGGAGGCAUGGAUCCGCAACCUCCUCCACCUGCCCAGGGAAGCCCACCUCACCGGGGCCGGGGCCGAGGCCGGGGCCGGGGCAGAGGCCGAGGCCGAGGCCGUGGCCGCGGGGGUGCCGGAGCCCCCCGGGCGCCCCUGCCCUGCCCCACGUGUGGCCGCCUCUUCCGCUUCCCCUACUACCUCUCCCGGCACCGGCUGAGCCACUCGGGCCUGCGGCCCCACGCCUGCCCCCUGUGCCCCAAGGCCUUCCGCCGGCCGGCCCACCUCUCGCGCCACCUGCGCGGCCACGGGCCGCAGCCCCCGCUGCGCUGCGCCGCCUGCCCGCGCACCUUCCCCGAGCCCGCGCAGCUCCGGCGCCACCUGGCCCAGGAGCACGCAGGAGGCGGCGUCGAGCUGGCCAUCGACAGGGCGGCCAAGGAGGCGGCCGAGUCCGGCUGGGGCCCGCAGGACAAGGCCGCCGAGCAGCCACCCGGCGCCGGAGCGGAGGAGGAAGACGCGGCGGCGGAGGAGGCAGCGGCUGCGCGGCCCGAGCCGUGGGCCACGGGGGAGCCGGCCACGCCGGCAGCUGCCACUAGCGCGGGGCCCCGCGAGCCGGAGGGGGCCGGGGCCGAGGCCGAGGCCGGGGCGGCGGAGCUCAGGGCCGAGCUGGCGCUGGCUGCCGGGCGGCAGGAGGAGAAGCAGGUCCUGCUGCAGGCCGACUGGACGCUGCUGUGUCUCCGCUGCCGGGAGGCCUUCGCCACCAAGGGCGAGCUCAAAGCGCACCCGUGCCUGCGCCCCGAGGGCGACCAGGAGGGCGAGGGGGGCCCCCCGCCGCGCCCCAAGCGCCACCAGUGCUCCAUCUGCCUCAAGGCCUUCGCCAGGCCCUGGUCGCUGUCCCGCCACCGGCUGGUCCACUCCACCGAUCGCCCCUUCGUGUGCACAGACUGCGGCCUGGCCUUCCGCCUGGCUUCCUACCUCCGCCAGCACCGCCGCGUCCACGGCGCGCUCAGCCUGCUGGCCCCGCUGCCCGCGGCGGCCAAGAAGGACGACAAGGCGGCGGCGGUGGGCGGCCGGACCUCAGGGAGGGGGCCCGAGGGGGGCGAAGGGGCGGACCGCGGGGCCGCCGCGGAGGGCGGGCCAGGCGGGCAGAACGGAGGCGAGGCCGCCCCGGCCCGGGCCCCGGCCGGCGAACCCCGCUUCUGGUGCCCUGAGUGCGGCAAAGGCUUCCGGCGCCGGGCGCACCUCCGGCAGCACGGGGUGACCCACUCGGGCGCGCGGCCCUUCCAGUGCGUGCGCUGCCAGCGGGAGUUCAAGAGGCUGGCCGACCUGGCGCGCCACGCGCAGGUGCACGCGGGGGGCCCGGCCCCGCACCCCUGCCCGCACUGCUCGCGCCGCUUCUCCCGCGCCUACAGCCUGCUGCGUCACCAGCGCUGCCACCGCGCCGAGCUGGAGCGGGCCGCCGCCGCGCAGCAGGCACUGCAGGCCCCGGCCUCGCCGCCGCGCGCCCCGCCGCCCCCCGCGGGCCAGGAGGCCGAGGGGCUCCCGUUGCCCCUCGCCCACAUCAAGGAAGAGCCGGGGUCCCCGCCCCAGUCGCCGGCGGCAGCAGCACCCCCUGUCUUCCUCAGCGCCUCCUGCUUCGACAGCCAAGACCACUCGGCCUUCGAGAUGGAGGAAGAGGAGACUGAGAGCAAGGCUCACCUGCGAGGCCUGGGGGGCCUGGCCUCCUGACCGGCACCGCCCCCCUCAGCCCCUCCGUGGGAGCCGCCCCUGCCCCGGCCUGCAGCACGGAGGAGGGAAGUGAAAAGAGAGGCGCCUCCUCUGUGAACCCACCCUCCCCUUCCAGCCCUCGACACUAGGGGCGGGGGCUGGACGCCCCUCGGUCCCCAUCGCCCACCCCCAGGCCCCUGAUGCUGGUUAGAAACUGCUCGCCCCUCGUCUGAAGGCAGGACGCUGAGUCGGAGGCGGAGGACAUUGGCCAGAGGGAUGGAGACUGAAGGGGGACCCCCCCCCAGCCUGGCUGCCUCCCCAUUUCACACACUGGACACCAUCACCUCUUUGGAACUGCCGGAUCCUGGGGUGGGGGGCAGUCCCCAGUGAGCAAAGGUCUGUCCCUGUCCCUUUGUCCGUCUGUGAAUAAAUGUGAGUUUGUGGAA